UCCAACCUCGCUGAAGUACAUCCGGUUCAACAGACAAGCGCGCAAGAUUUAACCGGUUUUCUGAGGCCCGCGGUUGUUUAAAGAUUUCUAACGUCGACUGAUAUUAAGCAUUCCAAGAAUGGACGGGGAUGAAAUGGACGUGGCAGUCAAACAAAAAAUAAACGUAGAAGUGCACGUGAAGUCUCUAAGCACUGCCAAAAUGUCUGAGGUGAAGACGCGUGUGCAAACACUGCUGAAUCGCCACAGGACGGUGUUCGGAAACUACAGAUGGACAGAAUUUGAUGAUGAGUUCCUCUCCAGACAUGUGGAAUCUGUGUCUAUACUUGACCUUGAGGAGAUGAUGGCACAGCCCCUUGAUUUAAAGAGCUGCGCUGUCUCUAUUUACAUUUUUACACUGAAUGAAGAUGGACCGAGCAUGCUCAGUUUAGAGGAGGAAGAGCUUUCUGCUGCAAAUCAUUGGUUGCUGCCAGCAGCUGAAUUUCAUGGAAUCUGGGAAAGUCUUGUUUAUGAGACUGGAAUCAAAUCAAAGCUUCUGGACUAUGUCACUACAACAAUUUACUUCUCUGACAAAAAUGUUGACAGCAACUUAAUUUCAUGGAAUCGCGUUGUGCUGCUUCAUGGACCCCCAGGCACUGGAAAAACAUCACUGUGUAAAGCUCUCGCCCAGAAACUGUCGAUCCGGCUGUCCGAUCGGUAUUCCUAUGGCCAGUUCAUUGAAAUCAACAGUCACAGCUUGUUCUCAAAAUGGUUCUCAGAGAGUGGAAAGUUGGUCACAAAGAUGUUUCAAAAGAUUCAAGAACUGAUUGACGACAAAGAAGCUCUUGUGUUUGUUCUAAUAGACGAGGUGGAGAGUCUGACUGCUGCCAGGAAUGCCAGCCAGGCAGGAACGGAGCCAUCUGACGCCAUUCGAGUGGUCAACUCUGUUCUAACUCAGCUCGACCAAAUCAAGCGACAUUCGAACGUGGUGAUCCUCACAACAUCCAACGUGACAGAAAAAAUUGACCUGGCGUUUGUAGACAGAGCUGACAUCAAGCAGUACAUCGGACCUCCGUCUGAGAAAGGCAUCUACAACAUCUUCCUCUCUUGCCUCGAGGAGCUAAUGAAGUGCCAGAUCAUCUGCCCCCGGCAGCCGCUGUUUACCAUGUAUGAGCUGGAGACUAUGUGUUUCGCUAACAGUGAGGUGUCUGAACACAGCCUGCGGCUAAUGGACAUUGCAAAAAAAAGUAAAGGCUUGAGUGGAAGAGCACUGAGGAAAUUACCUUUUCUAGCCCAUGCACUCUUUGUCAAGACACCAGCUGUAACUCUUGAUCAGUUUCUGGAUGCCAUGAGUCAUGCAGUGGACAAACAGAGAGAGGAAAAGGCUGAUCUGAUCAACGGUGUCUGAACUUCUAACGCACCCCAAAGGCUUGUGAGGCGUCCGCCUUACAGCUGUCGUUUCUUCGGUUUAUUCUGUUCUUUUGACAGACAUGAACUAAACCUUGUUUUGCAUUUUUGUUGCCCAUAACAAAGGAUUUGGUCAAGUUCUGUUGAUGUUGGCCCUAAAAGGCCAAAAUGUUGUUUGUGUUUGCACAAACAUGGACUAAGAUGACUGUAACUUUAUUUUCUGACAGUUGGGUUUUGUUUAAUGGUAAAGCAACGUUGCACUAGUUAAUGCCAGUUGUUUUCCACUAUCAUUGUGGGUAGUUGUGAGCCUCAAGGGAUUUAAGUGGCUUCUUCUUACUCCUUUAAAAUGCACAAAAAAUCUCUAAAAAGCGUUGAGCUUUUUGACAUUUUAAGUCUUUAAGUCUUCUUUUUGGCAUUUGACCUGAUUCAUUUUUGGCAUGCUUUUCAUUUCAAUUGUCAUAAAUGUCUGCAUAAUAUCUCUUCAUGUUAAGAACAUACCCCAAGCAUGCAUUGUUGAAAUGGUGGCUAAAAUGUUUGUUUUGUUUAUAAUUUCUGCCUUUAUAAUAGAAAAACAUUAUUUUACUGUAUGGGUUCAAAUGUUCACUGUAUAUUAUAUAUAACAUUGUAAUAAAAAAAUGUCUUAA